GGGGGGGGCAGAGACAGGAGCGCAAGGCUGGGCGCAAGGCUGGUGCCAGGGGAGCGCCGGGCUGCGGCUGGCUUGGUUUUUGCUCUUCUCCUCCCCACGCGUGGCCUGUUUCCUUCACCCUGCCAGGGAAUGGGCUCUUCCGUGCUCCUCACAUGACGAGCGAGGCACUUUCGCUUUUCCAUAUAUAGAGGCCAGGCGGCGUGACAGCUCCCGAGAGGGCGAAAAGCAGGCGAAGGUGGCCGCGGUGCGCUUUUACGCAGCCAGCUGGAACCUGGCAAGCUUCUUCCGCGCCUCUGGCCAAGGGACCCGCGCCGCUCGCCUGCUCUGCCUUGCCUUGAGAGGGGGGGAGAUCGCCCACCUCCCCGAGAGCCGCUUUUCUCCCAGCACCGGCCGCCUCUCCUCUCCCCCCUGCUCCGCCUGCCCCCCGAAUUGAAAUUCGUCCCAAGCCAUCAUGAACGGGACUUUAGAUUGCCUGCAGGACCAUACGCUGAACGAAGAGCAAGGGGCGUUUAUGUUCACGUCGGAAUCGGUGGGAGAAGGACAUCCAGACAAAAUAUGUGAUCAGAUCAGUGAUGCUGUCCUUGAUGCCCAUUUGAAGCAAGACCCAGAUGCCAAAGUUGCUUGUGAGACAGUGUGUAAAACAGGAAUGGUCCUCCUCUGCGGCGAGAUCACCUCCAGGGCUGUUGUGGAUUAUCAGCAGAUUGUGCGAGACACAAUUAUGAACAUCGGCUACGACGAUUCAGCUAAAGGCUUUGACUACAAGACCUGUAACGUUCUCGUGGCUUUAGAGCAACAGUCGCCUGAUAUCGCCCAGGGGGUUCAUCUACACAGGAAUGAAGAAGACGUUGGCGCUGGAGACCAGGGCCUAAUGUUUGGCUACGCAACCGAUGAAACAGAUGAAUGCAUGCCUCUAACCAUUAUCCUUGCUCACAAGCUGAAUGCCAAAAUGGCCGAGCUGAGACGCAGUGGAGUCCUCCCUUGGCUUCGACCAGACUCCAAAACCCAGAUCACAGUUCAGUACGUCCAGGAAGAUGGAGCAGUCAUCCCCGUGCGGGUUCAUACCAUUGUCAUCUCCGUGCAGCACGAUGAAGGCAUCUCCUUGGACUCCAUGCGCAAGGCCUUGCGGGAGCACGUGAUCAGAGCCGUGGUGCCAGCUCACUACUUGGAUGACAAUACCGUUUACCACCUUCAACCCAGCGGCCGUUUUGUCAUUGGAGGGCCACAGGGUGAUGCAGGAGUUACCGGCCGGAAAAUCAUUGUGGAUACUUACGGUGGAUGGGGAGCCCAUGGAGGCGGAGCUUUCUCGGGCAAGGACUACACAAAAGUGGACCGAUCAGCAGCCUACGCAGCCCGGUGGGUGGCCAAGUCUUUGGUGAAAGCAGGGCUGUGUCGUCGGGUUCUGGUUCAGGUUGCCUAUGCUAUUGGAGUGGCUGAGCCGUUGUCCAUCUCCUUGUUCACCUACGGUACCUCUGCCUACACUGAGCAAGAGCUCCUCAACAUUGUCCACCAAAAUUUUGACCUUCGACCCGGAGCCAUUGUCAAGGAUCUGGAUUUAAAGAAGCCCAUUUAUCAGAAGACGGCUUGUUACGGUCAUUUUGGAAGAAGUGAAUUUUCUUGGGAAGUCCCGAAAAAGCUUGCCUUCUAACUUUCCUGGGCCAACUUCUCUCCAUUUCAAAGGAACAGUAUUUUACUACCCGGAGUGCUUCCGUUGACCAUUGUCAGUGCUGAAGAAAAAUAAUAAUGGAGAAAUAUUCCCUCUUUGUUUUCUCUAUGUAUCAGCCCAUGCAGACUUUCAGAGGAUAAAUUCGGGGCAGACGAAUGCCAUUUUAAUUUUGUCUCAUGCUGCUAUUUUGGCGUAGGGGAGGAAAUUCCAUUGGAGAAGACAAGAAGGGACUUAAACCUACAAUGAAACAAUGGACUUUGUUUUUUUUUCCAAUCCAGCAGAUCUACUACAUCUUUCUAAACUACUAAUAGGAAGAAACCUUUUUCUCAGAUUUGGUAUGAUUUCUCGACGUUUUGCAACAGGGCUGUUCGAGGUUCUGGCAUCCUGCUUCCAUGUGCUACAAGGAGUAGCUACUCUUGGAGUAAAACAGAACAUUUCCCCUAGGUUGGAGACCCAUCUUUUUCAAGAGGAGUUCUGCCACGUUUUACUAAUUCUGUUCCAACUGUCCAAUCCACGUUUAAUUCUUUCUUGCUCCUUCCUCUCUUUCUUAACUGCCUUACAGAUAGUCCUUCUCGGAUGACCAUAAAGGAAUCUGCCCGUUAUGGUCACAUGUCAUAACAGUCAUGAAAGCUGUAGUCAUAUAGCGAAUGUGGCAGUUGUUAAGCAGAGGCCACUGUCAUUAAGUGAACACAUGGUUCCCUUGGGGGAAAUUUUUGCCCCCAAAAUGGAAAUACCUGUUUUUAGCAAAACCUUUUCAACUGAGGGAUGCUACAAAUCACUGUAAAUAUGGCGAGAUGUUGCCAACCCCUGAUGACCGCAAGCUGGGUCCAACACUCAAAAUUUCGAAUCUGGUUUUGAGUCCCCUUUUUCGAAUGAGUCGUGACUUCAAUGGGUCACGAAGCGAUCGGUUGUAUGUCAAGGACUACCUGUAAAAGCAAACAUUUGGUUGCUUUUGUGCUUGGUGCCUUUUAUCGAUACGCAUAAAUGUUGCUGACAUUUCUGGAGCCUGUUCUAGAUGGUUUUUAGAUACAAAAAGGGUGUUAAAAAAAAAGAUUGCCAGAAUAGUGGUGUAGAAGCCGCACGUUUCGGCCAAUGCUUGAGUUGGCGUGAUUGAAUGGUAAGCUCAAGACAUUCAGGUGAGUUGGAGAGAAAUUGUCAAGAGUAGCAAGACGUGAAGGAGGACAUACGAUGGAGGAGAUAGACAUAGCAGCAACCUAUAAAGCAGAGGUCUCCACCUUUGGCCACUUUAAGACUUGUGGACUUCAACUCCCAGUGGCUGAGGAAUUCUGGAAGUUGAAGUCCACAAGUCUUAAAGUGACCAAGGUUGGAGACCCCAGCUACAAGCAAGGAAAUAGAGAACGAAUGACUCUUGAGAGCUGUUGGACAAGCAAUGAAUGUCAGGAAUGACACCAUGGAGACCAGACUCAGAAAAGUGGGAAAACAAGAACCAUUUCCUCAGUAUUUUAAUUUAAAAUACCACCACUGUGUACUGACCCAAAAAGUCAGGAUAGAUAUUUGCUUCAGUUGGAAUAAUAUCUUGGGCCAGUAAUAAAAGAGAGAGCCAGUCUGGUCUAGUGGUGAAGGCAUUAGGCUAAAAACCAGGAGGCUGUGAGUUGUAGUCCUGCCUUAGGCAUAAAAAUGAGCUGGGUGACUUUGAACCAGUCAACAGGAGACCAGAAGUUCUGGUCCCACCUUAGGCGUGAAAGGCAGCUGGAUGAGUUUGGCCAGUUCCUCUCUCUCUCAGCCAAAUUCGCCUCACAGGGUUGUUGUUGUGGGGAAGAUAGGAAAAUAAGAAGGAAUAUUACACCUGUUCCCCACCUUGAGUUAUUUCUAAAAAUAGUAAAGUUGGGAUAAAAAUAUUUUUAAAAAGAAGAAGAAGGCAGAAAGAGGAACGUCUCCCAUGAGCUAGAGCAGGGGUCUGCAAACUUGGCUCUUUUAAGACUUGUGGACUUCAACUCCCAGGAGUUCCUCAGCCAGCAAAGCUGGCUGAGGAACUCUGGGAGUUGAAGUCCACAAGUCUUAAAAGAGCCAAGUUUGCAGACCCCUGAGCUAGAGAAACGGUUCUGCAGAAACAAACUGGUUUCAGAUCCCAUUUGGUGCUUCUUAGUUCAACUGGAAUGAGAAUACAGGUGUGUAGCUUCCCUUGCUUGGAGCCAGGAGGGAAGGAAGCCCUCGGGGCGCGGAUCUGUAACGUUUCUGUACGUCAUCUCAUCAGAUUUCAGAUUCAGUAUUUUACUUUACUGUGUAAAGCAUCGCAUAUGCUCAAUGGUGCUAUAUCAAUUGCUAUUAUUAAGAAAUGACAGGCUGGGGUCAAUAAUAAUCACAAUUCUGUCUCAGGAUUACAAGCAUGUUUUGUUCCAAGCCCUGGAAAAAUCCUAUCAGUGCCUUGGCAGAUCUUUUGUUUUUAAAAUUUGGGGUAGGCUCCCCUCCCCCCCCCCCCCCCCGCUCCUUCCUACAUGUCUCACUUUUUUCCCCUUCUCUUGUGUGUGGCUUGCAAAUCUCUCUUGGCGUUGAUGGUUUUCUGUUUCUGAUGUUUAGAUCACUUCUUACAUCGUCACGGUCAAAGCUGUCUGGCAGGGGGAGAUUUUCAAACAGAGAAUGGAAAAAAAGGAUGCAAAGUACACUUUUACGAUGUAUUUAAAGUGCAUAAUUUUAAUUACAUUUCAAUAAAGUUUCAAUUUAAGGAGACGGGAGAUCAGUUGCCCUCUUGAAUUCCAGCCACUGCAGAAGGAGAGUUGGGUUAUUUUAACUCUUUCCUGCUAGCAAGUGUAAAAAGGCACCAAGGUUUGUGAGCUCCUUCUCCUUUCAUCUGUCCUUCUGAUGAAUCGAAAUGCGUCUCUGCUCCAAAGCGGAUGGAUGACUUUUAAUAAAAUUUAUUGCAAAACCA